AUCUCCAAGAACGACUAAAGGCAUCGCAAAAGCUCGUAAAGCAUCGAACUCCUGAUAUCAGGAGUCAAUUAGGCUGUGCUCCCUCUUUGUUCUCCAAGUUAAUUUCCUUUUCCCUACUCAAUAGGUUGCCGAUUUGUUGCUGAACGGUCAUCUAUCUUUGUCUCGUGAAUCUGAUUUCUAUAUCGUUUUCCUCUGUGCGUCUCUGUCUGUUAGUCUCCUUUACUUCUUCGCCAGCCUUCCAUUUUGUUGAUUCUCAUUUCUUCAGAUCCCUUCAUCGCUCAUUGGUGGGUUGAAUAUUAACUUCUGCUUGUCUUCAUCCUUGUUGGCUCUUCUCCUUUUCCUUCUUCCUGAGCUUUGAGUUACUUCUCUUUUUCAUCAGAAAGAUUAAACCCUUACGUUUCUUCUUCAUUUUCACCUCAUACAUUUUCGUGCCUUCCUCAGAUUUUUUGUCUACUCACUAUUUAAGGUGUUGUUGGAAGAUUUGUACCGGUUAAAUACCAUUCCUUGGAUGGGCAACGGGCUGGGCUGUAUUCCAGGAACGCAACCCAAUGGGGGCGUUGGAUCUCGGAGCAAAAGCAACUCACGGUCUCAGAGAAAAACGAUAACAGAAGAGGAUUUACUGCACCGGCAGGCCCUUGCUAUGGCAAUUCAACAGCACCAGCUAUCCCAGAGGUUUGAUGGUUCGAUGUCGAGACGAAUUGGCUCAACGAGCUCCCGCAAGCAGACUCCCUCUUCCUCUUUCAGAAAACCGGUACCCAUUGUUCUUGACAGCCUUGAAACUAAGAAGAUUAUUCUGGUUCACGGGGAAGGGUUUGGAGCCUGGUGUUGGUAUAAGAUUAUACCUCUUCUUGAGGAAGCUGGACUUCAUCCUGUUGCUCUGGAUCUAAUGGGCUCUGGAAUAGACCACACGGAUGUUAACAGUAUAUUGACUUUGGCAGAUUAUACAAAACCUCUUCUUGACUACUUACAUAACCUACAUGAGGAUGAAAAGGUUAUUUUGGUAGGUCAUAGCUGUGGGGGUGCAUGUGUAUCAUAUGCUCUUGAAUGUUUUCCAAAGAAGGUCACGAAAGCAGUCUUUCUCGGUGCAACAAUGGUUUGUGACGGGCAAAGACCUUUUGAUGUUUUUGCUGAGGAACUAGCGUCUGCUGAAGUUUUCUUGCAAGAGUCUCAACUUCUGUUGUACGCUAAUGGGAACGAUAAACCUCCAACUGGGCUUAUGCUUGAUAAAGAAAAACUAAAAGGACUUUAUUUCAACCAGAGUCCUUCCAAGGAUAUUGCUUUGGCCUCAGUUUCCAUGAGACCUAUUCCACUUGCACCUAUAAUGGAGAACCUCUCCCUCACAGUAGAGAAUUAUGGAUCUGUUCGUCGAUACUUCAUACAGAUGCUGGACGACCGCGUGCUUUCCUCAUAUAUCCAGGAGAAACUAGUACGAGAGAACCCACCUCAAGAGGUGUUCAAGCUCAGAGGCAGCGACCACUGCCCCUUCUUCUCAAAGCCACAGUCGCUCUGCAAAAUUCUGCUUGAGAUCGUGCAGCUUAUAUAGUGUAGACAGUUCACUUUACUCUUUUAUUUCCUUAUCAAAGGAUGAGCAUCAGCUGGAAAUCGUGGGGGAGAAACUUAUUUUGACGGUUCCAAUGUCGGUUAUUUUAAAUUUGAAAAUGAACCUGGCUUGAGAUUUCCUGUACCAAAUUUUUUACUGAGGAUGUGCUAAUGCACCAUUGUUCCGUUUUCAUUCUACUUUUAUUAUUUUCUAUGAUAUCACAUAAAAGGAAGGUCAUCAUAAGUUUUCAAGGGAACUCAUGCAGCUUGUUUGCUGGUGAUAGAAUAUUGCACCGUAGUUAUCUUUGGGGAUGGAAGUCACGCUGUUUAUAAUAGCCUGAGGAUGUGCUCACAUAAAAGGAAGGUCAUCAUAAAUUUUCAAGGGAACUCAUGCAGCUUGUUUGCUAGUGAUAGAAUAUUGAACCGUAGUCUUCUUUGGGGAUGGAAGUCACGCUGUUUAUAAUAGCCUGAGGAUGUGCUCAUGCAUUAUUGUUCCGUUUUCUUUCUACUUUUAUUAUUUUCUAUGAUAUCACAGAAAAGGAAGGUCAUCAUAACUAUAAGCACACCUUCAGUAGAAUUUGGCUCAGGAUAUCCUGAGCCACAUUAUUUCCUUUCAUCCGUUCCUUCAGCUACUAUGGUGAAUAACUCAAGUUCCUGCAGCAGUUACCCUGUACCAGCAUAGAUAUAAUAGAAAAAACAAAUUUUGAGCUACGUGCAGUUUAUAUUGUUAAAUUUUCAAGAGAAUAUAGCACCGUAGUCUUCUUUGGGGAUGGAAGUCACGCUGUUUUAAAUAGCCUGAUUUGGUGCAAUUAAUAACCUGAUUUGAUAUACUUAAUAUCACUAGGUGCCCCUACUUUGCUCUAUUUUGCAUGUUA